GAAAGAGUUGAUGAAACGUCAUGGAUCAAGCAUGAACAACGAUUCAGACAAUAGUGCCACGCAGGCAGAGAUCGCCGUUAUCGACCAGGAACUGAGCGCAAUCGAGGAGCAGAUCACGGACUUGAAAUGCCGUCGCAUCGAGCUCGAAGAGUACAGGGACACUCUCCUGAUCUCUCUCUCCUCCAACAGCGCGUUAUCUCAAGGCAAGGGGCAAGCAUCUACAGCUCAGGACAAGGACUAUGGUCGAGAGGAUUUCUCGUGGUCUAAGGAACUGAAGCGGUUGGCACGCUCACAUUGGAAUAUCACCAAUUGGAGGGACAAACAACUGCAUGCCAUGAAUGCCUCCUUGGACAAGCGGGAUACAUUCGUUCUCAUGCCUACAGGUGGUGGCAAGUCGCUGUGCUACCAACUCCCAGCACUGGUCACCCCAGGCAUCACCCUCGUCGUAUCCCCGCUCUUGUCGCUGAUCCGGGAUCAGGCCUUUCAUCUGGAAGAGGCCUCGAUUGGAGUGGGCAUGUUGACAUCCUACACGUCUAAAGAAGAAUCCAAACGGAUCAUGGAUGCCAUGCUCGGACCAGUUCUACCAAAAGGAAGCACAUCCAAACAGCAGAACAAGAACUCUAUUACAUCAAUCAACAUUGCGGACUCUGACACUGCAGCACAGGGCCCCAGUAUUACUCUCAAACUAGUCUAUGUCACGCCUGAAAAGAUCAGCAAGUCCAAACGCUUCAUGAGCCACCUGGAAAAGGUCUAUACCGCAGGGAGGUUGAGUCGGAUUGUUGUUGACGAAUGUCAUUGCUGCUCCAACCUUGGACAUGACUUUCGACCGGAUUACAAAAAGUUGGGUAUUCUACGGGUUCUUUUCCCGCACACCCCAAUCAUGGCUUUGACAGCAACAGCAUCUCAAGCUGUCAUACAAUCUGUCUUAACCACGUUGAACAUGGCGCCGAUCGAGCAGACUGGUGGGACACUUCUCUUCGACUCGCCUCUAUUCCGACCCAACCUCGCCUACAGAGUGUUGGCUCGGCCGAGCUCCAACGAUGAGACGUUUCAAUUUUUGGCCAGUUAUAUCCAGAAACAACAUUCCCGGUCGAAUGGAAUUCUUUAUUGCCUGUCCAAGAAAGAUACUCAUGUGUUUGCGGAGGGAAUCUCGAAAGCAAGCAAUGAUCAUAUUGCCACAAGUGCCUACCAUGCCGACAUCGAGGAUCAUGAGAAGGACCUAAUACAUGAGCAGUGGAGAGACGGCCGUAUUCAGGUUGUUUGUGCGACUAUUGCAUUUGGACUGGGUAUCAACCACCCCAACGUCCGGUUUGUCAUACACGUCUGCAUGGCAAAGUCCCUGGAGGGGUACUAUCAAGAAUCUGGUCGCGCUGGUCGCGAUGGCUUGCCGGCAGACUGCAUAUUGCUAUACCGCGAUCAGGACGCCUCCCGACUCUCGACUCUUUGUAUCACAGAACCCGAGGGAAUCACAAAUGUAUACAUCAUGACCAAAUACGCACAGGAUGUCCGAACAUGUCGCCAUCAAUUGUUUGACACUCACUUCUCGAAGCAUCUUGCCCAACAACUACCUCCAUGCGGAUUCUGCGACAAUUGCAUCCUAGCAGGAUCGGAUAUUUUCACGGAGGACUUGCGAACAGAAGUCCGCGCCCUAUGUCUUCUUGUCGAUCGGCUGAAGGCUGUGAACGAGCGAGUGACAUUGAAUAAGCUAGUCGAAGCGUGGAGGGGGGUGGGGUCUCUCCGGGCUAUAGCCAAGGUCGUCCGGGACGAAUACCAAACAGACGUUGUCCCUAAGCGAGCCAACAAAGAUGACUAUGAACGGAUAAUCAACCACCUUAUUAUCAACGGCUAUCUUCGAGAAGACUUUCACUUUACAGCAUAUUCUACACUGGCGUACAUUGUCAAUGGGCCUCGCGCAAAUCCUUUCCUUUCGAAAGUUCCAUCAUCUAUACUGCCUUCUAUCAAAAUUGUCUUUGGCAGAGAUACAUCGAGGAUAGCAGAUGACAACAGUGCUGGUACACCAUUUGGGAUAGGGAAGCGUCCGUUUAAGUGUGCAGCUGGUCGCGUAAGCAAAGAUGACGACGUGGGUGGCGAGAUAUCUGAACGACACAUUCAGGAGAUUUUGGAUGACGAGGACUCAGCGGAGGAUGACCAUGCGUCACCCCUUAUGGAGCGGCGAAAGCGGAAAAUAGGCAGCGAAGGAUCAUUGAGGGGUCGUCAUGAAACGAACGAGUCCUCUUUGUCGUCCAAGAAUCGCAAACUAGUCAUUACUUAGCAAUGGACGUCCUGAACAAUAAAUACAUUGUUCAUCUGCC